AUGGUAAUAUAGUUCCGUCAUCGGCAAAACUAAAAUUGCAAUGUCUUCUUCAAAGAACGUUGACGUUAAUACAGAAAGUAGAGACGAUGCCGUAGUUUCAACUGUACCUGAGUGGAUUAAACCAGAAUUGUUUGUGGAUUUAUUAAAAAACACAAUACCAGGCUAUAAAGAUAUAGGUAGUUUUAAAGUUGCUUCGGCAGUUCCGCCGGGUGAAAACUAUGCCACAAUAAUACUUCGUAUUUCAAUUGAGGUUGUAUUGGAAGAUGAUAAAACUGUCAACAAAUCUUUUAUAAUGAAAACACUACGUAAAUCUGAGUUGAUUAAACAACAAGUGGGCAAUGUGGAAUUUUUUGUAGAAAGUGAAAUGUAUAAAAAUAUUUUGCCAGAAUUUGAAAAAUUGUAUGCAGAUAUUGGUUUACAAGUGAAGUUUGGUAUUCGGGCGUACAGCUUGCCUAUUAAAAUCGAUCAUGUUCUUUUGGACGACUUAUGCCAACAGGGCUUUAAAAACGUUAAUCGCUUGUUGGGUUUAGAUUUGGCGCAUACUGAAAAUGUUCUAAAGAAACUUGCACAAUUUCAUGCAGCCUCCGCAGUGCGGGUGGCCACCAAAGGAAUGUUUCCUGCACCAGUAAUGACGGGCAUAUUUAAAAGCGAUUAUCGUGAAUUUAUAGAACAGAUGACAGGUGGUAUGUGCAGAAGUUUUCUUGCAAAUAUUCAGUGUUAUGAUGGUCAUGAAGCUUUUAUCAAACAAGUGCAAGAUUUACAACCUAGUUUGGUAACAAAAUAUUUUGCCUUAGCCAAUUAUGUACCGGAAGAUUUCAAUGUUCUUAAUCAUGGUGAUAGUUGGGCUAAUAAUAUUAUGUUCCAGCACGAUGAAGAUGGCAACAUAAAUGACACGUGUUUUGUAGAUUAUCAGAUUCCGAAAUAUGGCACUCCUGCACAAGAUUUACUAUAUUUUCUUAUGUCAUCACCAAAUUAUGACAUUAAAAUUCGAAAAUUUGAUUAUUUUAUCAGAUACUAUCACGAUCAUCUUUCUGAGAACCUAAAACUGCUGAAUUAUUCAAAGAAAAUACCAACUCUUCGAGAGUUACAUAUAGAUAUUCACAAAUACGGCAUAUGGGCAUUUAUCACAUCUAUAGGCACUUUAGCAGCUUGCUUAUUUGAACCAAAUAAGGAUGCUAAUUUAGAAAACUUAAUGAGCAUCACAGAAGAGGGUAUUGCGCUGAAACGAAAAAUGUAUUCACAGGAGAGCUAUCGAAAAAAUAUAGAAAUAAUAAUGCCAUGGCUACUAAAUCGGGGAGUAUUGGAAUAAAUGAAUUUGCAAGUAUUAAGAUAUGAUAUGUAGUAAAUAUUUACAUAAAAAAUUAUAAAAAAAAUUGUGUUUAUAUUGUUAAG